CAACGACCGAAUGGGAAGAACGCGCCUGCGCCAGAGCACCGCUCGGAUUCUCCGCUCAGCAGAAAGCAGUUCUCGGCAGGUGCACCUGCUGGCAUCAGUCCUCCAGGACUGAUUCUUCCUUCAAGUCUGAUUGAAGAAUCCCUACUAUUCACACAUCCUACAACGAGAAAGGCUGCGAGACAGAGUCAGCGUAACCGGGGCGACGUUUAGGAGCGGCCCCCCGCGCGCCCUCCCAGGCAGUUCAAAUUAAGGAUAACGUAGACCCUGCUUCUCUCUGGAAGUGGCAUCUGAUCGUGCAGGAGCUCCGCCAUGCAGCCACCGCCGCAGGCUGUCCCGCCCAACGUGGUGGGGCCGCCUCCCGCGGGCAGCCCUCCAAGCAUGUUCUGGUCCGGCAGUUCAUACAGGAGACAGGCGGCGGCGAGUGCACCGGGGGCUGCGGUAACUGGCCCCCUGCAGCCGGUAACGGACCCGUUUGCUUUCAGUAGACAGGCUCUUCAGAACACCUCGCUGGGCAAUUCGUCCAAAAGCAGCCCUCCCGUGCUGCUGGGCUCGGCCCCACCAGCGUUCCUUCAGCACCCGGGUCUGCCUGUGCCUCACACGAAUGCUGGGGACAGCUCCCAAGGAUUCCACGCGCCUCUGCCGAGACCUCUGUCGCAGCCCCGGCCAGCGGCCAGCCCCUUUUCUAGUGUGUUGACCCCUUCGGCACCUGGGCCCGAACUGAACAGGAGCGCCCAGGCCACUUCCAGCUCUGAACACGAAACCCAGGCUCAGUACAUUCCAGGAGGGGGUUCCAGCACUUCUCAUGGCGGCCCCCCACAUGGGCACCUGCCUGGGCCUGACAGGCCCCCGAGUGGACAGAACCCUCACGAUGGCGCUGCGGCACCCACCACGUCCUCUUUGUUCCCGCAGCCACAUCCGCAGAUGCCAGGGCAGAUGUCAGGGCAGUGGGGGCCGGCCCAGGGCAGCCUGCAGCCCUUCGGGCAUUAUUGGCCCCGCCCAGAAGGCCGGGUUGCCAAUGCGGCACCACAGGCCUCCAGCGCCUCCCACGUCCCCGCUCUGUCCAGCCCGCCUCAGGGGCCUGCCCAUGAGCAGCACCAGCCUCCCGCCCCAGGACCUGCGGUCGACGGGAAAGAUGGGGCAGCCUCCCUGCAGAGCGGCCACCACUCAGCGAGUCCCUUUGGCCUGGAGAGCACGUUCAGGCCGAGUGUCCGCGGGGGCGGUGCCGGGGCCGGCCCGGAGGUCAGGCCGAGUCCCGCCGUUAGUCACGAGCAGGGGCCAAACCCUGCUCUCGGGAACCCCUCCGCCCAGGGCAGCAGCCCGGAAAGCCAUUCGCAUUGCCCUCUGGGGGCCGCCAGCCGCGCCCUGCCAGAAGCAGACUCGGGCACGCUCUCCCUGUUCUUCCGAGGCGGAGAGAUGGAGAAUGAGGAGUCCCUUUCCUCCGAAAACACAGGCUCCGCGGCUCCGUCUUACUUUGACGGUUUCUCCCCCAGCCCUGUUCUGGGCCCUCCUCCGGCACACGCGGGCGCAGGCGGCGUCUACCAGGCCUUUCUCAGAGCCUCCCGUAGCGAGGCCGCACAGCAGGGAGGAGACACGCAACCUUACUUUCCUCAGUCUUCGGACACCCAGCUCGCUCAGCCAGCCGCUAAGAAUGCUGCUGCUGACGUGUGGGGUGGCACGCCAGGCACAGGCACUCAUGACGCUGGCGGCUCACACUGUGAGAAUGUGGAGAACUUGGAGUUCACUCAGAACCAGGAGGUUCUGCCAAGUGAGCCCCCAAAUCUGGAUGCCUCCUCCCCAGGCGAUCACCCCAGAUAUGCACCUCUUCCCGGGCCCCCAGGCCCCAGGCUCAGUGUCACAGGCCACGCGGCAGGCGGGGGCUCCAACCUCGAGGCCCUGGACGCGCCGCUGCACCCCGUGCGGUCUGAUAGCGUGUCGUCUAGUUACAGCAGCAAGAGCCACAGGAGUGCGUCCAGCACAGCCAGGCCCCAGGACCUGGGCACCUUCAUCCAGCAGGAAGUCGGCAAACCUGAGGAGGAGGCUCCCGGGAGCUUUUUUAAGCAAAUCGAUUCUUCUCCUGUGGGAGGCGAGACAGAUGUGACCACCAUGAGCCAGAAUUACCACCACAGCCUGUCCCAGCCCUUGACCCCAAGCCCCCCCAAACCUACAGGGGUCUUUCAGACGAGUGCAAAUAGUUCUUUUGAACCAGUGAGAUCCCACUUAGUUGGAGUCAAACCAAUUGAGGCAGAUCGUGCCAACGUGGUGGGUGAGGUGAGGGGGAGCCAUGCCCACCAGAAGCACAGACCAGCCGCUGCACCGCCCGACGCCUGCCCUGGCAACCUGGAGCAGCCACCAGACAACAUGGAGACCCUUCUGCCACCUCGGGUCUGCCCUCUGCCUCUUCCCUCACCCGCAGAAGCCAGUCACAGGCUUCCGCACCCUGGAGGGCCGCCCUUGGAGACUGUGCCCGCGACACCGGAGAAGAGGCCCUCGACCCGGGCCCAGGGAGCCAUGAAGUGUGAGAGCCCAGCCACGACUCUGUGGGCGCAGAAUGAGCUGCCAGACUUUGGGGGCAACGUCCUGCUGGCCCCGGCCGCUCCUGCACUUCACGUGCCUGGGAAGCCUCAGCCGUCCGAAGUGGUUCAGCCUCCAGACAAGGGGGUGUCUGGCCAGCGGGCCGGGCCACCGGGCUGCCUCGCCCCUCUGCAAGGCGCGGAGGGCAUUGGUGCUUCUGAGAACCUCGAGAACCCUCCCAAGAUGGGGGAAGAGGAGGCCCUCCUGUCGCAGGCAAGUUCCGGUGGUGCCAGUCUGCUGUCCUCGCCGCCCACUGAGUCUUUGCACAGCCAGCCAGCCUGGGUCGCUCAGCCCGAUCAGAGCGCUCGCCUGGCUCAGCCCCUUCCCUUUCCCGUGUCCUUGUCCCAUCCCACGGAGAAGACUCCGUCCAGGAGAGACGCUCGGGUUGGGGACAGAUCUGCCGGGAGCAGCUGGGCCGCGGGAGCUGAUGCUGGAGAAGCCGCGCCUCUGCCUGGGGUUCUAGCCAGCGCGCUCACCUGCUCGCCUCUGUCUCACAGCCUUGCCCAGAGUAACUUCCCACACGUUUCUGCUCUUUCUGAAACGGUUUCCACUCCACCUGCUAAUUUGCUGGUUCAGCCACCAUCUCAUCCAGCUCCAAAGAACUUGCUUCCGGGUCGGAAGAGCCCCAGUGCCGAGAGCGCGCUGCCGGAGUUGGUUAGUAGCCCUGCCGGGAGCACAGGCCUCCUGCUGCUGGCACCCGCAAGCGACGCUUUGGGGCCUCAUAGUAAUAAGGCAGACCCCCCCAGGAAUCGGGAAGAGACUUGGGGAGCCCUAGACUUCACACUGAAUGGGACCGUGGAGAAGCCUGUGAGGUUGGAUAGCCUGUCCCAUGCCGAUGGCCCAGCUGCUGCUCCGCAACCCACCCCCAGUCAUCCCAGUCAGCCUGGGCCUGGGGCACGUAACCCAGACCAUUUCUACCAACAGGUGACGAAAGGUGCUCCCAACCAGCGUGGCCCCGAGAGAGCCCAGCAGGAGCCAGCUCCUCCCCCACCAGGGCCCACAGCAGCACCUUUCGAACCCUCAAACCCAGAAAGCCCACCAGCACCAGGGCAGCCCCAGAACUCGGCCCAGCCACCUGCCAGUCCGGCUCCCGCGGACCUGGGCCAGCAGCCGCCACCUCGGCCCCCUCCGUCCUCCAGCGCAUCGGCCGUGUCCAGCAGCUCGAGCCAGGCAGCCGUGCCGCCGGGCCAGCCGUGGAUGCCGCCGCAGCCCCUGGACUUGGCGUCCUACUACUAUUACAGGCCCCCAUACGACAGCUACCCGGCCCAGUACCCCUCUCCAUACCCACCAGACCCAGGCACAGCCCCGCUCUACCAGGACGUCUACGGCCUAUAUGAUCCCAGGUACAGGCCCUACGAUAGCGCGGCGUCCACCUACGCUGAGAACUACCGCUACCCCGAGCCGGAGCGGCCCAGCUCCCGGGCGAGCCACUGCUCAGACCGGCCGUCUGCCAGGCAGGGGCCUCCUGAGGGCUACUACAGUUCCAAGCGUGGAUGGAGCAGCCAGAGCGAUUACGCCGGCUACUACUGCGGCCAGUACGACUAUGGAGAUCCGGGCCGCUGGGAUCGGUACCCCUAUGGGUCUGGGUUCAGGGAUCCCCGCCCCUAUGACCGCAGGUAUUGGUAUGACGCGGAAUACGAGCCGUACAGGAAAGACAGCUACGCCUAUGCUGACAGGCCCGAGAGGUACGACGACCCCUGGAGGUACGACCCUCGCUUCACAGGGAGUUUUGAUGACGACCCUGAGCCCCACAGAGACCCCUACGGGGACGACGUGGACCGGCGCAGCGUGCACAGCGAGCACUCGGGGCAGAGCCUGCGCAGCGCGCCCAGCGUGCACAGCCGCCACAGCAGCUUCAGCGCCCACUCGCAGCAGAGCCAGGUUUACAGAAGCUGCAAUGUGACCGUGGGGCCUUAUGAGGCUCCGCCGCCACCAGGCUCCUUCCAUGGGGACUAUGCCUACGACGCCUACAUGAGCAAUUUCAGCAGCGCCCAGGGCUUCCCAGAGUACGGCUACCCUGCUGACGCCGGCUGGCCCUCCGUGGAGCAAGCUCCAUCGAGACCGACUUCCCCGGAGAAGUUCUCCGUGCCCCAUGUCUGUGCCCGGUUUGGUCCUGGGGGUCAGCUCAUCCGCGUGAUCCCCAAUCUGCCCUCAGAGGGACAGCCGGCCUUGGUGGAAGUGCACAGCAUGGAGACGCUGCUACAGCACCUGCCGGAGCAGGAGGAGAUGCGCGCCUUCCCGGGGCCGCUGGGCAAAGACGACACCCAUAAGGUGGACGUUAUUAACUUUGCGCAGAGCAAAGCCACCCAGUGUUUGCAGAAUGAGAGCUUACUUGACAAAGAGUCCGCAAAUCUCCUCUGGAAUUUUAUCAUCCUGCUGUGCAGACAGAACGGGACCGUGGUGGGCACAGACAUUGCCGAGCUGUUGUUACAAGACCACAGGACGGUGUGGCUUCCUGGGAAGUCACCCAACGAGGCCAACCUGAUCGACUUCACCAGCGAGGCCGUGGGUCAGGCCGAGGAGGAGGAGGAGUCGGUGGAGGCCCAGCUUUCCUUCCUCACUGACAGCCAGGCCGCCACCAGCUCUCUGGAGAAGGAGACGGAGCGGUUCCGGGAGCUGCUGCUCUAUGGCCGCAAGAAGGAUGCUUUGGAGGCCGCGAUGAAGAACGGCCUGUGGGGUCACGCCCUGCUGCUUGCCAGCAAGAUGGACAGCCGGACUCACGCCAGAGUCAUGACCAGAUUCGCCAACAGUCUUCCCAUCAACGACCCUCUGCAGACCGUCUACCAGCUGAUGUCCGGGCGGAUGCCUGCAGCGUCCACGUGCUGCGGCGAUGAGAAGUGGGGAGACUGGAGGCCGCACCUCGCCAUGGUUCUGUCCAACUUGAACAACAACAUGGAUGUGGAGUCCAGGACGAUGGCCACGAUGGGCGACACGCUAGCCUCGAAAGGCCUCUUGGACGCUGCACACUUCUGCUACCUCAUGGCUGAAGUUGGAUUUGGGGUUUAUACCAAGAAAACCACAAAACUCGUCUUAAUUGGAUCGAACCACAGUUUGCCAUUUUCAAAGUUUGCGACCAAUGAAGCCAUCCAGAGGACAGAGGCCUAUGAGUAUGCGCAGUCGCUGGGCACGCAGUCCAGCCCCAUGCCCAACUUCCAGGUGUUCAAGUUCAUCUACUCCUGCCGCCUGGCCGACAUGGGGCUGGCCACGCAGGCCUUCCACUACUGCGAGGUCAUCGCCAAGGGCAUCCUGCUGCAGCCGCACAGGCACUCCCCCGUGCUCAUCAGCCAGCUGGUCCAGAUCGCUUCCCAGUUACGCCUCUUCGACCCGCAGCUGAGAGAGAGGCCGGAGGAGGAGUCCUUUGUGGAGCCUGCCUGGCUGGUGCAGCUGCAGCGUGUGGAGCGGCAGGUCAAGGAGGGUGCUGUGGUGUGGCGUCAGGACCCGGCCUUCCCCCAGCGCUGUGCCAGCACCCCCAGCUCCGAGGUGGGACAGUACGAUGGGCCAGGACCCGAGCAGCCCUCGCACCUGGGCACCGAGAACCCACUGCUGGCGCCACCUGCGCCCAGCGCCGAGCACUCUGGCCAGGGUGUGUGGCUGCUGCCGUCAGCUCCGCCGACGCUCCCCGAGGGCCUGCCCGCCGUCCCUGCCGGGGUGCCCAUGUUCCCCGUGCCGCCCCCGGGCCCUGGGGAGCCAGCGCCUGGCUUUGCAGAGCCCUCUGGGCCGGACCCCGCGGCCCGGUACGCAGGGCCUGGCCUGCCACCCAGCGCACCGUCUCUGCAGGAGAGCGCACACCUGCUCCGGGCCCAGGACCCAGGAGCGCUGCCCCAGGACCCCCGCGGGAGAGGCUCGCUGGCGGAGCGAAGAGAAGAGGAUCUGGGUGGCAAAUCUGAGGAUGUGGGCUCCCCGAGGAUGCCGCAGGACUCCGAGGCCCCCCCAGCGUGGGGGGGUGCCAGCCUGGGGGCCCUGCAGCCUCCGUCUCGGACGCCCGCUCCCGCAGGGAAGAGCCCGGUGCCAGCAGCCAAGAAAGAGCCCAAGGAGCCUAAGAAGAAUGCCGAGUCCUGGUUCUCGCGCUGGCUGUCUGGGAAGAAGAGGACGGAAGCGUACUUGCCAGACGACAAGAACAAGUCGAUCGUCUGGGACGAGAAGAAGAACCGAUGGGUGGACACCAAUGAGCCGGAGGAGGAGAAGAAGGCUCCGCCCCCACCCCCAGUGUCGCUCCCCAAGGCUCCGCAAGCUGCCGCCCCUGGGCCUGGCGGGCCCCCCAGAGCCUCUGUGAACAUGUUUUCUAGAAAAGCAGCCGGGAGCCGAGCGCGCUAUGUGGACAUCCUCAACCCGGGCGGGCCCCAGCGCACCGAGCCGGCGCUGGCUCCCGCGGACCUCUUUGCUCCACUUGCCCCGCUCCCGAUCCCGGCGCAGCUGUUCGGACCAAACCCAGGUAGGUGGACACGGCCGGCUGCUGGGAUGUGUCAGCCCUUCCCUGCUGUCUCCUGCACAGACGCAGAGGGAGCCCCACCUGCAGAAGUGUCUGGCAGGGAAGGGCAGGCGCUAGCUGGGGGUCCAGCCCUUCCAGAACCUUCCUCGGAACCCCAGCAGGUUGUGAGCCCGGCAAACUCGCUCCCUGCUUCUGAACUGGCCCCCUGCCCAAUGGAUGGUCCCCAGGGGGGAGAGCUUUCGCGCUGUAGCUCAAUGAGCUCACUGUCCCGUGAAGUGAGCCAGCACUUCCACCAGGCUCCCAGUGACCACCCCCCGGCAGAGGCGCCCCCCGGGGCAUCUGUGACCUUCUACAACCCUGCGCAGUUCGCACAGGCCUCGGCCACCUCGGGAAGCGCCAGGCCUGGGAGGAUUGGCCAGAGGAAGUACCCAGUGCUGAGGUAGAUGGCCCUGCUCCGUCAGCACUGGGACCUGAGAUUGCUCUCCACCGACACUCGGCUGACCGCCCGGCCUCCCUCCUGUGCCCGAUGGACACGCAGUAGAGCCACGUGCUCGCACCCUGUGAGGAAGAGCUGCCAGGUACCCACAGCUCCCAGAUCCGAGGACAGGAGAGACUUCGGCUCCCCUUCUACCUAAGAAUGAGUUCAGGAUAAGCCUUUGUAGUCAUGUUAGGAAUGUGGUGCUGAGCGCAGCCGGACGCCCUUUGCUGCUGGGGAGCUGAGCUGCAGGGACUCAUGAUGGCGAGUGGCUGCCAGGUUCGUCCCCAGUUCCUCUAAGACGCUGGAGGGAAGAGCAGGCCUCACUGAGUGCCCCCGACGCCUGCUCUGUGGCCACUGGGCCAGCUCCCGCCCCGGCGUCCGCAGCCCCGACAGCAGGCGCUGGCGGGUGUGUUCACCAGCCUCGGAGGGAAGGCGGCGGCAGCCUGGCAGCCGAGCCUCAGGCGGAGACGCUGUGGUCAGGGUGGUGCGCUCCUCCCGCAGCAAAGGCGUGUCUGUGGCCCAGCAGGACCACGAGGGUCCCUGCCGCCAGGGGCCUGGCUUUGUCCGCCCGCGAGGGAGGAAGAGCCACGGCACAGCCUGGGUUCCGUGUGACUGGUCCUCGCCGAUCAGCCGGUGUGGAAGCCGUACCUGGACUCACCCGUUGGGCUCAGCGAGCAGCCUGGCUGGGCUCCGGCAGAGCAGCUGUGUGGCUGCCAGCUCUGCGCCACCCAGCGACGUGCCCUCACCUGGCUGGCACUGUCGGCGACAUCUUGACGAAAAUGGCUUAAAAUACCUUCUUGACAGAAGCUCCUGAAGCUGAUCUCUCUGCCCUGGUUUCCCCACACCGAGCCCGGCAGGGCUCACCUGCUGCUCACCGGACUCCCUCCAGCUCUACCUUCACGCCGGUUCUCAGACCAUUCACCUUCUUGUUAAGCCUGAAGGGCUGAGGGCAGGUGGAGAUAUUUAUAAAAUCACUAGGAACUAAUUCUGUAGUUCUGCCUGGUAUUUUAAAUCUCAGCGGAGGGUCAUGGGAAUGUGGCCUCGGCACAGGUCCUCCCGCUUUCCGGGUCACGUGACCGUCUGGGGCGCCCACAGGUGUGAUGGGACCCAUGUUCUCUCGCUGGGAAAGGCCCGGCCUCGCUAGGGUCCCGCUGUCCCUGUCCAGGGGUGGGAUUCCUGGGGCCUGAGACCUGCUGCCCUCGGCUUCUCCAGCCCUUGUUCUGUUAGUGACUUGAUUCAAGAAGCUUCCCUGGAGGGGCUAUUUUUCCUAAAUGCAAAUUGUUACACUGCAAAUUGUUAAAUAAAGUAUUUUGCGCUCGGCGCGCGCACCUGC